AUGGCCAGUAUUGUCGAAGAAGCAAAACGCGCAGCCGGCAAGGCUGCCGUGCAGAACCACUACCCUAAGGACGCUAAAUUUGUUGGAAUUGGAAGCGGUUCUACAAUUGUCUACGUCGUCAAAGCCAUCAAGGAAUCCGGGGUAGACACCUCUCUCACUAAAUACGUGCCAACAGGCUUCCAAUCCAAACAACUCAUCGUCUCCCAUGGAUUGACGGCUGUGGACUUUGAUUCAAUCCCGGAGGGAACUAUUUUGGAUGUGGCCUUCGAUGGUGCGGACGAAGUAGAUGACGAUCUAAAUCUAAUUAAGGGUGGUGGUGCCUGUCUGUUCCAGGAAAAAAUCGUUGCUCUCCAGGCGAAGGAGUUCAUCUGCGUCGCAGACUCGCGCAAACUCCAGUCUCGUCUUCUUUCCAACUGGAAGUACAUUCCCAUCGAGGUGGCUCCCAUUGCCGCGCAUCGUGUUGUCUCCGCACUUAAGGAAUUGGGCAGUAUUGAGCCUGCAGUCCGCUUGAGCUCCGCCCCGCAGCCCAAUGUUCCUACAAAAGAACCACUAAAGACUGAUCAAGGGUUUUACAUCAUCGAUGCUCCGUUCAAGACUCUGCUUACGAAAGCGGAUGUGGCAGCAGGCAAGGAUGGCAGUGGAAAGGAUGGGGUGUGGGAGGUCGAAAAACUCUCACAGGCCAUUAAGCUGAUCCCUGGUGUCUUGGAUGUAGGGAUUUUCUCCGGUUUUACUGGUCCACAGGCCCAAGCACAGGGCGGCAUCGGAGGCCAGAAGCCCAUUGCGGCUUAUUUUGGCAUGUCUGAUGGCUCAGUAUCGGUAAGAAAGGCUGCUUAG